UCAGCCCUGAGGGGUUGGUCUCGCUCCGCUGCUGUAGCGCUUCUCCUUGCUGGGAUUAGGAGCAAGAGCACUUAAAAAAUAUCAAAGAAAAAGAAGCAUAUGAAAUAUUUAAUCCUUUUAGCUAGCCCGUAUGCCGUUGUUGCGGACUUCUCAGGAAGCAGCCUCCUUGUGCCACCUUCAGCGUCGCAGUGUAUCGUUUAUCCCCCUUCGAUGGUCCUUGUAACGCAUCCUUCUCUCAGGGGUGACCUUAUCGCUCUCUGCCUGAAAGGAGGGUGUAGCCAGCUGAGGUCAGCCUCUUCUCCCAGGCAACCAGCAACAGGACAAGAGGACACAGCCUUAACCUGUGCCAUGGGAGGUUUAGGUUGGACAUCAAGAAUAAGUUAUUUACAGAAAGGAUGAUUAUAUAUUAGAAUUCUAGGUGAUUGAGUCACCAUCCUGUUUUAAGGAAAGACUGGAUGUGGCACUUGGUGCCAUGGUCUAAUUGAUGGAGUCACCAUCCUAGGCAGUGUUUUAAGGAAAGACUGGAUGUGGCACUUGGUGCCAUGGUCUAAUUGACAUGGCAGUGUUCAGUCAUAGGUUGGAUUCAAUUUUUUUUUUUUUUUUAAGUAAGAAAAGGAUAGUUGUAGAACAAGAUCAUGGCUUGUUCUAUUAUAUAAGCAUCUUUGAAUUACACAAAGCAGUAAAAUGCACUUAUUUUGUCUCGUGUAACCAGUUUCUGGAAGUACUGUUUACAGUGGUUUUUUAUCCUGCCAUCCAAAGGGCACUGACAGUGAGGCAGCAGGAUGAAGGUGGAGUGGUGUAGUCGACUUGCCCUUUGCUCCAAGACAACCAGCCAGACCUUUCUGCUUGGAGGAGUGUUCAUUGUGUUGGGUUCGAGUCGAAUCCUCCUGAUGAAGUAUUCUGCCAAUGAAGAUAACAAGUAUGAUUAUCUUCCUACAACAGUGAACAUGUGUUCUGAAGUAGUAAAACUGGUCCUAUGUGUAGUGUUGGCAGUCUGGAAUAGGAAAAAAGAAAAGAGUUGUAUGGAUCAUCUCUCUGAAUGUUUUUCCUGGAAGAAUGUAUGCAAUUCCAUGAAAUGGUCAAUUCCUGCCUUUCUUUACUUUUUGGAUAACUUGAUUGUCUUCUAUGUACUGUCCUACCUCCAGCCAGCAAUGGCUGUACUCUUCUCAAAUUUUGUCAUUAUAACAACAGCUCUUCUCUUCAGGAUAGUGUUAAAGCGAAGACUCUCUUGGGUACAGUGGGCGUCUCUGGUGAUUUUAUUCCUGUCCAUCGUUGCCCUGACUCGAGGAACUGGAGGCCAUCAGCACAGCUUGGCUGCACAUGGAUUUCAUCACAGUAUGUUUUUUGGGCCAUCUAACCACUGCCUUCUCGCUACUGGACCUGAGGAAGCAUGUGCGGAAAAGGGCAUCUGUCCAGCACCAAGUUUCCUUCACAGCUUCCAGUGGAAUGUGACCGGUACCAUGGCAGGAGCAUUGAAGCCUCUCCGCCUCAGCCUGGGCCAUCUGCUUAUUCUAGUGCAGUGUUUUGUGUCUGCCCUGGCUAACAUCUACAAUGAAAAGAUGCUGAAAGAUGUGGAUCAGCUUGGGGAAAGCAUCUUCACACAGAACAGCAAACUCUAUGCCUUUGGAGUGCUGUUCAAUGGGCUCAUGCUGGCACUGCAGGCUAAGGACCGGAGGCAGAUAGGGAACUGUGGCUUCUUUUAUGGGCACAACAUCUUCUCCGUGGCUCUUAUAUUUGUCACAGCUUUCCUGGGGCUGUCUGUAGCCUUCAUCUUGAAGUUCCGAGACAACAUGUUCCAUGUUAUGACUGCUCAGAUCAACACUGUCAUCAUCACCACUGUGUCUUUUGUCAUCUUUGACUUUAGGCCUUCUCUAGAGUUCUUUUUGGAAGCUCCUGUAGUGCUUCUCUCCAUAUUCAUUUAUAAUGCCACUAAAGCAAGAGGCUUGGAAUACGCCAGUCUGAGGGAAAGGGGAAAACUCAUCAAAGGAGAUGCAUGGGAAAGAUCAAGUGGGGAUGGAGAGGAAUUUGAGAGAUUGAACAAACCAAGCAGUGACAUCGAUACAGAUGAAGAUUCCCUCUAGCAUGAAGCUGUCUUGGAGCAGUGCUAUUGCUCACAGUGAGAGAGAGCUAAUCUUUUAUUAACAUAGGGAGGAGUUGUUUUUCCCCACUGACAGACUAUUUGGAACUGUUUUGGGGCUGGAUGUCAAAUAUGGAUGAGGACAAUAUUCAAGCUGUAUAUAUGGAAAGUUGUAUUCAUUUGUGCCUGUCUCCCAGUGUCUGGGGAAAUCAAAGUCUGGAAUGCAGCUGGUGAAUUUUACAUGCAGCUUACGUGGCCUAACUUUGAAAGAGCUUGAAUAAAACAAAAGUUUAUUAAACAUAAGAAUGCAUCAU